AUGCACUCAGAUGGGUAUUGGGAGACUUGGGAAGGCUGGUCGUCUUGCUCUCAUACCUGUGGAGCUGUAGGGAUCAGACGUCGUACAAGAAAUUGCAAUUUCGACAAGAAUAGGUAUCCUGGUCGAUUGUGUCUCGGUUCGUCGGAAGAACUCGAUCCGUGCAAUCGCACAGAGUGUCCACAAGAUCUAGACGGAGGUUGGUCGGCUUGGUCUCCGUGGAGUGCAUGCGACGCUUCCUGUGGGAACGGCUUCAAGCACCGACAACGCAACUGCACGAAUCCAGUUCCCAAACCCAACGGUCGACCCUGUACUGGCAAUUACGUCAGUACAACUCAAUGCAGUGUCGUCGACUGUCCUACCGGUAUUACACAUUCGUGUCCAUCGAAUCCAUACAUUACAUGGUGUCGAGUUUUAGAUGGUGCUUGGGGUCAUUGGACGGGAUGGUCAACAUGUAGUCCUACAUGCGGACGUAGAUCAAAAAGGAGGACCCGGUCGUGUGAUUAUCCCAAGCCAAAAGAUGGAGGCAGCAAUUGUGUGGGGAGCCACAGCGAACUACAACUCUGUGCACCCAUUCCGUGUCCUUGUGACGGAAGAUAUAGUGGAUGGUCGUUUUGGAGUCCUUGUUCUGUCACAUGUGGACAAGGAGGCUUUAAAACCAGAAAUCGGACGUGUUCUGAUCCUCCACCGUCUUAUGGAGGCACCAACUGUAGUGGCACGGCGAGUGAAACGACAGGGUGUACGGCCGAACGCGCUUGCGCACAAAAUGGAAAUUGGAGUGACUAUGGCAGCUUUUCUGACUGCAGUCACGACUGUAACGGUGGUAUACGAGUGGCCUAUAGAACAUGCUCGGCACCACCACCGACAAAUGAAGGCUACGAAUGCGUCGGUCCCAACAGCAAAGUCACAAAGUAUGGAGGAUGGGGCAACUGGCAAGCAUGGAGUAAAUGUGAUAAACGAUGCGGAAUCGGGCAUAAGACAAGAAAGAGACAGUGUGAUUCGCCUCCACCGAAUGCGUACGGUGCUCCUUGUCCGGUAAAUGGAAUAGAAACAAUGGAAUGCUGGAUACACGACUGCCCAGUCGGUAUAGACUUGCCGUUUGCUCGCCUUCUCGUUUCUCGUCCCUCAUGUCUUCUCGUUCGAUUAUCCUAG